AUGCAUAUAAUUAAGCCGGUCUGGCUUACGCACGGAGGCGAGAGGAAGGAUUUCGAGGUCUACAGUUGUGAUGUAUCUCCAGAUGGGAAGAGACUGGUGACAGCCGCCGGAGAUGGCUAUGUGCGAAUUUGGUCUACAGAAGCUAUUAGCAACACCGGAAACCCUGAAUUUGCCGGUAAGCCCAAACAGCUUGCGUCGAUGAGCAACCACUCCGGUACCAUUCAUACUGUACGCUUUUCGCCAAAUGGGAAGUACCUUGCCUCCGGCGCCGAUGAUAAGAUUGUCUGUGUAUACACGCUUGAUUCAAACCCACCCACACACUCUACAUUCGGUUCCGAUGAGGCGCCGCCUGUCGAGAAUUGGCGGACAAUCCGACGAUUGAUCGGCCACGACAACGAUGUGCAGGACUUGGGGUGGUCAUUCGACUCCUCGGUGUUGGUUUCAGUCGGAUUAGACUCCAAAGUGGUUGUGUGGUCAGGACAUACCUUCGAAAAGUUGAAAACGAUCGCCGUGCAUUCCAGUCAUGUCAAAGGCAUCACAUUCGACCCUGCCAACAAGUAUUUUGCUACCGCAAGUGACGACCGUACUGUGCGCAUCUUCCGAUUCACUUCCCCAGCCCCGAACUCAACCUCCCACGACCAAAUGAACAACUUCGUCCUCGAGCACACCAUCACUGCGCCUUUCGAGAAUUCUCCCUUAACUGCCUACUUCCGUCGCUGUUCAUGGUCGCCCGAUGGCAUGCAUAUUGCUGCCGCGAACGCUGUAAAUGGUCCCGUUAGCUCUGUUGCUAUUAUCAAUCGUGGCUCAUGGGAUGGCGAUAUCAAUCUCAUUGGUCACGAAGCACCGGUAGAAGUCUGCUCGUUCUCUCCUCGGCUGUAUUCAAGAGAACCCUUGUCAAAGCAGGCCGCCGACAGCCACCAUGCCGCGCAUCAUGUCACAGUGAUUGCAUGUGCUGGGGCUGACAAGUCUCUAAGUAUCUGGAUCACAAGUAAUCCUCGGCCAAUGGUGGUAGCACAGGAAAUGGCUGCUAAGUCGAUAUCGGACCUCGCAUGGAGUCCUGACGGCAAGUGCCUCUUCGCGACUGCCCUGGACGGAACUAUCUUGAUGAUUCGAUUCGAGGAAGGAGAGCUGGGCUUUGCCACCGAGAUGGAAGAGAACGAGAAGUCGUUGACCAAAUUUGGAACCAACCGCAAAGGUGCGGGAAUCACCGAGAACAUUGAUAGUCUUCUGCUAGAGGAGAAAAGCAAAGCUGGGGAAAUCAAGGGCGUGGAAGGUCGCAUGGGCGCUCUGAUGGGUGACGACAGCACGUCAAAUGAGGCCGCUGUGAAUGGCACAUCAGGAGCACAGCCUUCAAACGGGACGACACCAGCACAAGCUCCUUCCCCCAAAUCUGACGCGGCGAAGACCCAGACCAACGGAACUGGAUCAGCAGCUCCUGGUAGCGAAACAGAGAAACCAGAUCCAUAUCAAGCUAAACUCGAGCGGCUGAAGCAACGGCCUACCUAUACGAAAGAGGGCAAGAAGCGCAUUGCUCCCUUGCUCGUUUCUGGGGCGGGGGCUGGAGAAUCCUCACUUCCACAGGCACGUCUCAUGGCUUCAGUGAGCAAUCAAGUGAAGGUGGAUACCCCAACAUCUAUUGUUGACCUAUCGAAGCCUUUUGAUGGCUUGCCCAAGGGUGGACUUACUGCAUUACUUCUCGGCAAUAAGCGGAAACUUGCUCACCUCGACGGUGACGAAGAAAACUCCGUUGAGAAGCGAGUUGCAAUAGCCAGCCAAAAUGGUGCCACGCCUAUUAUGGCGAACACUCCAGAUGGUCUGCUCCCAGCCCAAACACAGCCUGGGACGAUCGGUCAACAACCAACACCUGAAUUCAUUAGGCCGGCUGUCACCAACCCUUGCAUGUCGGUGAGUCAGGUUCGUCUUGCUGUUCCCAAGAUUCGGAGCCACAUUCUCCGCGCAUUAGAUUCUACCGGGAAGCCAACAGAGCCUCCAGCCCCUGGUGGUGGCGGAGAUUCAAGCAGCAAGUCUCGCGUUGACGUGGUUUUUGAGGCUCGCAACCCGUCAGCCGCCAGCUUAACUGGUCGGGCUGUGGAUCGAGAGCCAGUUCGUCUAACGCUUUUCCGUGGUGAACAACCCCUUUGGCAGGACUUCCUGCCCAAAUCUGUCCUGCAGGUAACAGGGAAUCAGCACUUCUGGGCCGCUGGCUGUGAAGAUGGCUCCAUCUACCUCUGGACACCAGCGGGCCGCCGCUUGGUAAGCGCACUUGUCCUGGAGGCUCAACCAGUUAUAAUCGAGAGCAACGGGCCGUGGCUACUCUGCAUCACAGCCGUGGGCAUGUGUUACGUCUGGAAUGUCAAGCACCUCUCCUCACCACACCCGCCUGUUUCUAUACAGCCGGUCCUUGACGCUGCGAUCUACGUCAUGGGCGCCCACCCCACAGUCGUUCCUGCCGUAACAGAUGCGCGAAUCAAUUCGGAAGGCCGCAUCGUGGUAUCUCUUACUAAUGGCGAAGGAUAUAGUUACUCGCCAACGAUGUACGCGUGGCAGCGUGUCUCAGAAGCUUGGUGGGCCGUCGGCAGUCAAUACUGGAAUUCGACUGAUGCAGCAGUUGGCAACCUGCAAUCGCGUGAUAUGCAGCAAGAUAUGAAGGAUGCCAAGGCAGCUGUGUCUGCCGGUAUUAUACCAUUCCUGGAGCGAAACACAACUAACGAGACUCUACUGCGCGGGCGCGCAUACUUCUUACAACGCCUCAUCAAAACCCUCCUCUCGCGCGAAGGCUAUGAGACAUUUGAAUCGAGUGUUUCUAUUGCGCAUCUUGAGAAUCGCAUGGCGGCUGCGCUGUCAUUGGGCGCCAAGGAGGAGUUCCGGCUCUAUCUCAGCAUGUACGCGAAACGUAUCGGGGCCGAGGGUCUCAAGAUGAAGGUCGAAGAACUCCUCAAGGGGUUGAUCGGGGGUUUGUUCGAAGAUGAAGACAACUCGAAUGAGGUCUCAAAACUCCAGCCGAAUGAAGUUGCAGGCCGCAACUGGAGAGAGGGAUCUGAGGACCUGUGUGGCUGGCCACGGGAGACGUUAUUGAGGGAGGUGAUCCUUUCUCUAGGUAAAUACCGCGAACUCCAGCGGGUAACAGUUCCGUAUGCCAAGUUGCUUGAUAUGGUGGACAGUACCGAGAGCGAUGCGAUGGACCUCUGA